ACUGUUGCCAACGUUAAUUUCCUGGAUUUCCCAACGAAGCUGAUGAGAAGUCCUAUUUUCACGUCUUUCCUCGUUAUUUUUGGGUUCUUUGGUUUGGUGUUUGAAAAAAAAUUUGAAAAAUAGUAGGAGUAAUAAGCAGAGAGAGAAAUGUUGAAAGUACAAGAAAUUUAGGAGAAUUUUUUGAAAAAUUCUUUUUGAAAAGGAAAAUUAACAAGGCAUUUAAUUUUCAAAUGAGAGUACAGAGUGAGAUGUGAAUGCUCUCAUGCUUAAUUGGUGAUGACUGAUGAGCACCAUCCAAUAUUUAUGAACCUCAACUGCAUGUGGCAAGAAAAAGAGGUAGUUGAACAUUAAAGCAAAAUUCUAUGUAGCAUAAAUAGGCCCAAGACGUUGGGUUUUAAGAAAGAAGGAGAAGAAAAAUGGAGGCUGUGAGUGGACUAGAGGGAGAAUUGGAGGAACUGAGGGAGACUUUUAGGUCCGGCAAGACGAAGGAAGUAACUUGGAGGAGGUCACAGCUGCAAGCUUUACUCUCUCUCCUCAGGGAGAGAGAAGGUGAGAUACUGGAGGCUCUCAAACAGGAUAUUGGCAAACACCCUGUUGAGUCCUACAGGGAUGAGAUUGGGACAGUGGUAAAAUCUGUAAAUUACGCAUUGGGAGGCUUAAACCAAUGGAUGUCAAGCAAAAAGGCUAAGUUGCCUAUAGUUGCAUUCCCUGCCACAGCAGAACUGGUUCCUGAGCCCCUUGGUCUUGUCCUCAUUAUCUCAUCUUGGAAUUUCCCUUUUGGGUUGUCAUUGGAACCGUUGAUCGGAGCGAUAGCUGCUGGAAACGUAGUGGUUAUAAAACCAUCAGAGCUAGCUCCAGCAUCUGCUUCAGUUCUGGCCAACACUGUCCACUCUUACUUAGACAACAAAGCUGUGCAGGUCAUCCAAGGUGGCCCCUCUGUUGGUGACCAACUCUUGCAACAGAAAUGGGACAAGAUUUUAUUUACAGGCAGCGCAAGAGUGGGUAAAAUUGUUAUGACUGCAGCUGCUAAGCAUUUGACACCUGUCACAUUGGAGUUAGGGGGGAAGUGCCCUGCAGUUGUUGAUGAACUCUCAAGUUCUUGGGAUAUAGAGAUGACAAUAAGACGGAUUCUCGCUGGUAAAUUCGGGAUCUGUGCUGGUCAGGUGUGCAUAGGAAUCGAUUAUAUCCUUGUAGAGGAGAAAUUCAAGUCCACUUUGGUUCAACAAAUGGAGGUGUUCAUCAAGAAAGUGUUUGGAGAAGACCCCAAAGAGACCAACAGUAUUGCAAGGAUAAUCAACAAAAAUCACUUGAUGAGAUUGAAAAAUCUUUUAGAUGAGCCUCUGGUAAAAGCUUCCAUUGUGUAUGGUGGCUCAAUAGAUGAAGAUCACCUGUUCAUUGAGCCAACAAUCUUGGUUGAUCCCCCGCUCAAGGCUGCAAUCAUGAACGAAGAAAUUUUUGGCCCAUUGCUUCCAAUAAUUACUUUAGAGAAAAUUGAAGAUUCUAUCGAAUUUAUCAAGUCAAGGCCCAGGCCACUAACUAUUUAUGCCUUCACCAAAAAUGAGAAGCUCAAGGGGAGGCUGAUAUCAGAGACAUCGUCGGGAAGCUUGAUAUUCAACGACACGAUUAUUCAGUAUGUAGCUGAUAGCAUUCCAUUUGGAGGAGUAGGCGAAAGUGGUUUUGGAAGGUACCAUGGAAAAUUCUCUUUCGACACGUUCACGCAUGAGAAGGCAGUGAUGAAAAGGAAUUUUCUCACAGACGUUUGGUUUAGAUUGCCUCCAUGGAACGAUCACAAAUUGGAGCUCUUUAGAUCCAUUUACCGUUACGAUUAUCUUGAUUUAGUUCUCAUCACAUUGGGCAUAAAGAAGAAGGCAAAGAAGUCAUAAUACGUUCAACAACCCAUCAAUAUCCAAAGGAAUCUCUUUGUAUGAUCAGCUUGUACUUUCUGGUUUUGUACCUAUAUAUAUAGGCGGUGUUCAACUAUGUGUAAAUUCCCAUUGCGUUGCGCUUAGAAACGUCUUCCGAAUGCUGAAAACCUAUUGAUGUGUAAAAUGCAGCUCCUUGCAUCAAAUGUUGGGACUUGUGCUAUCAAGUGGACUUGUAUCUCUUUA